AUGCGGUGCUCUACACUGCUGACCAUUCUGACAGUUGUCCUGCUCUACCUGGUGAUGGGGGCUCUGGUCUUCCGCACACUUGAGAUCCCCAAAGAGGAAAAAGCCUACAAGAAACUGAUUGAUGCUCAAAACACCUUUUUGGAGAACCAUAACUGUGUCACCACUAACCACCUUAAGGAUUUCAUCCAGGAUGUCGUUAACGCCAUCGAGGCAGGUGUAGAUACAAACAGCUACUUCCCUAACUUCACCAGCAGAUGGGAUCUCUCCAGUGCCUUCUUCUUCUGUGGGACUAUAAUCACUACCAUUGGUUUUGGUCAUCUCUCUCCAAAGUCAGAAGGAGGACAGCUGUUCUGUAUUUUCUAUGCUCUUGUGGGCAUCCCGAUGUUUGGGAUCUUGCUAGCCGGAGUAGGAGACCAUCUGGGUACCAUGCUCAGGAGGGCUGUGGGGAAGAUUGAAACCCUGUUCCUGCAGAGAAGAGUGAGUCCCACCAGUGUCCGAAUUUUAUCUGCAGUCUUCUCCAUCCUGAUCGGCUGUCUAAUCUUCAUUGCCGUGCCAACCUUGGUAUUUCAGGAAGUGGAGAAUUGGAGUCUGUUAGAGGCAGGAUACUUUGUGGUUAUCACUCUCACAACUGUAGGCUUUGGGGACUAUGUUACAGAUGACCGAAGGGAUGGCGUUCCCAUGUACAAGCCAUUGGUGUGGCUGUGGAUUGUGUUUGGCCUGGCCUACUUUGCCUCUAUUCUCACUAUGAUAGGAAACUGGCUCAGAGUUCUCUCUAAGAAGACUCGCGCAGAGAUGGAGGAGCUCAGAGCUCAUGCAACUGACUGGACUCAGAACAUCCAGAACAUGUCCAUGGACUUCCGCAUCCCGGUUCCUCUGGACUUGAAUGACCCCUUUCAGCUCCAGCGUCGCCGUAAAAGGAAGCGUCAUCGAAAAGCCUGCCAUCACCAUCACAGGGUGGUCCUGGAUGGAUCCGCACGCAGGGUCUCUACAGAGGUGGAGAGAAUCAGGGAAAAUGGUCACCUGGUUGUUGGCUGGCCAGAGGCAGGGUUUGAGGCACGACCAGUGACCAGACUAGAUGUUAUAUUAGAUGUAAGGCGUGGAUCUAGAUUGAGUUCCAGAGGCAGUUCAAGACCUAUCUCAAAGUCUGAUCUGAGAAUGGUAUCUGGACCUGAGGCUAGACCUGAGGUUAAGGCUGCUUCGGAAGCAGCUUCCGAGUCUGAAACACCAUCAGAAUCGUGGUCCGAAUCAGAGUCUAAUUCUCACAUCUCAGGUGAGUCUUGCUCAAGUUUGGAUGGCGCCGAGUGCAAGCACGAGAGUGAGAGGGACGUCUCAGUCGCUACUACACCUCCACGUCCCACUCUCUUGGACUUUUUUGGCGAGAACCUUGCGUACAUCGAUGAAUCAUCGGACACAUUAAAUGACUGGGCAAAACAAGCCGGGGCUGGAGUAAACCAUCCUCGAAAACACAAGAAGAAAAGCCCGGGGAGACGGCUUCCGUACAGCAUCCACGGAGGACUUGAGAGGGUACAAAGUGGUGACCUUCAACCCCCAUCAUACCCUCCAACCCCUCCUCCUCCUUUAACACCACCCUGA